AUGACUUUUUUAAUAUUUCUUCUUGCACAGACUUUGUACAACAACCUGUCCACAUAUGAAUUAGAGAUUGACAAGGAACGUUUUAUGGAACUUGAGAAGAUGCUUAUGGAGUGCGAUGAUGUCAUCAAAGAAUCAGACAAGCAUCUGGGAUCUUUGGAGUCUUUUAAGAAAACUAUUUCCCUAACAUUUUCUGAAUCUGAUGAAGAUGAUGUUGAAGAUUUAGAAUUACUGGAAAUUUGUGGUUCCGAAAUGUCAAAGGGAGACAACCACCAAUCUACUGAGGAUGAGUUUACCGAAAAUGGUUCUGAUGAAAAGGUUCUUGUGAAUAGAUUUCCUCAAUUCCCGCCUUUCAUUCAUUCUUUCUUUCUUUCUUUCAUUCUUAAUUUCUUUCUUUUUUCUUUUACUGGUUUUCUCUUCUUUAAUAAAUUUUUCUCUGAUUACCUUCUUCCUUUUCUUUCUCUCUGUUUAUUUUUUCGAUUUUCUCUUUUUUACCACAUUUUUCUUUUAUUCACAUCUUCCUUUUCUAUCAUUCUUUUCCUUUUCUCUGUUUUUCCUCUUUUCUUACCUUUUUCUUUCUUUCUUUCUUUUCCCAGUUUAGAUUUCUUUACUUCAUUUUCUCUUUCAUUUCCUUCUUCUUUUUCUUUCUCUCUGUUCAUUUUUUCUUUCCUCUUUUCUCUGCUUCUCUUUUCACACCUUUCUUUCUUUCUUUCUUUCUUUCUUUCUUUCUUUCUUUCUUUCUUUCUUUCUUUUUUGUCCUGGUUUUUUUCUUCUUUAAUUGAUUUUUCUUUGAUUUCCUUCUUCCUUUUCUUUCUCUUUGUUCAUUUUUUCUUUUCCAUUUUCUCUGCUUUACCUCUUUUCAUGCCUUUCUUUCUUUCUUUCUUUCUUGUCCUCAUUUUUUCUUCUUUAAUUGAUUUUUCUUUGAUUUCCUUCUUCCUUUUCUUUCUCUCUGUUCAUCUGUUUAGUGGGAUGGUUCAGUUGGCUGAAACAGACGAGACAUAUGAAAAACUCCGUGGCCACCAGUCUCGGAUGCAACAGAAAAUCAACGAAAACUCAGAAAGGUUAGACAAUGAAAGAAAAGACAUUUUGGCCCAAUUAGAAGAUGAGAAAGCAGAACAUCAACGUGAAAAAGAGGAAAAGGAAGCAGCCAUGUGCAGAUGGGAGGAAGAUCACCAGAAUGAAGUAAAAGAAGAAUUAGCAGCUCAACAGAUUCAUAUCCAGGCUUUAGAGGAAUUAAUGGCGACACAGAAGGAAACAGCCGAUGUUUUGGCACAAAUCCAGCAAGACGAACGGAAGAAACGUGAAAUGAAGUCCGCAGUUAAAAUUCAGUCCACAUUUAGGAUGCACAGGUGA